AGCAGGAGGCGGCUGCAGGAUGAACGGCCGGAUCGGCACGCCGCGGCUGGAGGCGGAGCUUUACUCGGCCCCUCAGUACCACGGCGUGGUGGCCACGGCUCCGCAGCAGGAGCACGGCGCGCCUCCUGCUCUGCUCCUGGACCCCAGCGCUCUGAUGUCCCGUCACACGGUCCUGGACCCACGUCUCCAGGCCUCCCCCGGUCUCUUUCUGUGCCCUGAGGGUGUGCUGAGGGCGUGGGGCGAGGCGGGGGCCGGGGACUGCUGUGAGACCACCUUCAUCGAGGGCCUCGGCUCCGACGCCUCCUCCGCCGCCAGGGAGGUGCUGCUGUUUGCUGACGGGAGGUUCCUGGAGUUCUCGGGAGACGGCGCCAAGGUUCCCUCGCUGUCCUACGAUGUGGAGGACGAGGAGGAGCUGCAGGAGCUGGAGAGUGAGUCCUCCACUGACUCAGACAGUGAGGACACCUUCCUGCUGAUGCCUCCCAGGGAUCACCUCGGUCUCAGCGUCUUCUCCAUGCUCUGCUGCUUCUGGCCGCUCGGCAUCGCCGCCUUCUACCUGUCGCAUCAGACCAAUAAGGCGGUGAAGAAAGGGGACUUCCACCGGGCCGGCUCCAGCUCGCGCCGCACCCUCUUCCUGGCCGUGCUGUCCAUCACCAUCGGGACGGGGAUCUAUGUGGGCGUGGCCGUGGCGCUCAUCGCCUACCUUUCCAAGAAUCACCACUGGUAGCCGUGACGACCUGAAGCUCAGUUACUCAUCAGCCCGGGGCCCGGUCCAAAGGCGUGGUCCGCCGA